AUGGAAGUUUCCACUCAAUCACAUGGGAGUCCUUUUGGAUGGUACUCGGAUCAUCAAGGCGUUUCUUAUGAAGAGGAAUUCGAUCAAUCUCCAACCUAUGAUAAAGUUUUGGUCGGUUCUUUUGGCUCAUCAUUGGCCUUUUCCACUUCACUUUCUGCAUACAAUCCCCUCGUUGGAGGAAGUGUCGGCGAUGAGGACGAUGCGAUGAGUUAUGAUGAUGCUUGUGCCACGUCGUCAUCGGCUUCAAACGAGAUUUGGGAUGAAGAGAUGCGAAGUGAGUCAGAACAAGAUGUCUUCAGCAUAUCGCAGAGUGAAUCCACCUUUGCUAAAGACUCUCGAAUCUCGUUGUUGACGGCGGCCACCGAAAUGUUGCGAAUUCGUUUCCCGUUUCUCUCGAUCUCUGUCCGUUUGGCGGACUUUUUGUGUUUACAAGAGAAAGAAUUGUUGAAUGACACGAUUGUCGACUUCUUCUUGAAUCACAUUGUUGAGCACUUGUUGCCCGAUGAGCCAGAUAAACGAGUGACAGUGUUGCCGGCAGUCUUUUGGCACAACUUGAGCAUUCGACAAUCGUUUCUUCCUGAGGAUUUCACCACUCUUCCACCAAAUCAACAAGAGGAUGCUCGUUUCGGUGAUGUGCUCGAGUUUCUUGAGGACUUUGAACUCUUUGACGUUGACUACUUGGUGAUCCCAGUGAAUGAGUGGGAGCAUUGGUCGCUGCUCAUCGUUUGUCAUCCAUUCACCGAUCGAGGAACUACGGUUUGCUUCGACUCGCAACUCGGCGACGAUCCAAAUAACCUCGCCGCAUCAGCGAAACUAAUCGAACAAUUCUUGGACUACUCGUGGACGAAACGAUCGGGCAAAGUGAGCAAAAUGCCGGCCUUGAAAUUGAGUCUCCCAAUCGGUUUGCCCCAACAAACGAACGCUUUCGAUUGCGGGAUCUUUGCGCUCGAGUACGCGAAGAAGUUCCUUCUGCAAACACCACAACAGCCAUCCGACUUCAACUUCUCAAUCGCGUAUCCCGAUUUCAACAUUAAAGGGAAACGAAAAGAAGUCCAGAAGACGAUCCUCUCGCUCACCGCUAAUCGACAAAUGUGGACCCCGUUGAUGGACUUGUUGGAGAAGAACGCGUCUCGUCAUCCGAGUCGCGAC